UGGAACCUUGGUGAGUGAUAUUGUUGUCUUUGGUGGUACGAUUUAAAAAUUUUGAUUUUAUUAAAAAACAUUGUUUUGUGUUGUUCACAUUCAGCUACCAUUCGUAUAGUUGUUUUGCUGUACGUAAAAUUUCAAAUCUAAACUUUCAAGUGAAAAUGGCUGCCUUAAUCGUACAAUCGCGUUUCGCUGGUCUUAACAUUGAAGAUGACGAUUUUCCCACGUCGAGUAGCGUCCAAAAGCCUAAGAAAACCAAAGUAGAAAAUAAUAAAAAGUGCGAAGUACCUAAAAAACCAAAAGCUAAUGGCAACAAGUCUCAGAAUGCAAAUAAGAAAAAAAAGCAGAAGGCAAACGGCGCAACACCAGAGCAGUGGGAACAAUGGAAGGAAAAGGAUGUGGAACUUGUUGAUGGCAAUUUUGAAACUGAAUUACAACAAGCAAUUCUUUUAUCCAAACUUGAUUAUGAAGAAAAGAAAGAUGUGUACAAACAACUGAAGAAGGAUGCACAAAUGGAGAAGAAAACUGAAUCAAUCCGUGUGAAUAAUAAAAAAAUGAAGAAGAAAAAUGUUAUGAGCUUGGAUCAAUUUAAUGGAAUGGUCAAUCCUGCAGAAGAUGUUAAAAUCAUUCAAAAUGAUGAAGUAGCAGAAGAAGAAAAAUGUAUUAAUAAAGACACAGAGUUUUUCGAAAGAAUAAAAGAUGACACAAAAAAUGAAUUGCUUAGAGAAAAAAUAAUUGAUAGAAUUAAAAACCAAAACAAUGCAUCUGAUGAAGUUUUAACAAGAGUACAGUUUGCUGAUGCUUUGGAUAAGAAGAAUCAAGAAAUAGCAGCAUUACGUGAGGAACUUGUGACUUUGAAAAAGGAAUUACAUACAGUGAAAACAAGAAAUAAAAAGCUAUGCAAUAUUCUUGGUCAAGGAGAAAUGAAAGACAAAGCAGAAUUACUAAUAGAUGUGGAGAGACUGCACUCGGUAAACUCUGAACUGACUGCUGAGCUGGCAUCACUACAUUCUGAUCUUGAAAAGGAACGUUCCAGGAACACAGACACUAAAUCUAGAGAUAAGAAAUAUCCAAAUAAAAAGAAAAGCAUCCGUUUCGAUGUCUCAUCCGAGGCUCUUGUUACAAAAGAGGCUGGUUGCGGUCCGGAAUGACAACAAACAACAGCUGAUUAAUGUAAAAAUAUAAAAUAAAUAUAUGUACAGAUGGAUAAGUUGACAUUUUAACCCAACAAUUGUAGGCUGAGAUAGCAUUUAUUUAUUUUUUACUGAUCAUAAUGCUAGUUUCACAAGAAGGCAGAACAGUGCGGUAAGCAGUAGGGCAGUGCAAAAUAGUACUUUUCUGUAUGGCUGUGUGUCCAAACAGUAGCAGUACUGUUCUGUCUUACUAUACUGCCUUUUUUGUAAAAUAUGGUCUAAAAUAACCCCUUUGACGCCUAAAGCCUAAUUAAAUUAGUGAAAAAAUCAUAGUGAAUAAAGUCUACCAUCAUUGGGUUUAAAAUCGAGGGCUUGUUUUUUUAAUGAUAAAAAUAAAAAUCUCAUAGAUCUAUAUCUUUACUUUAAUAUCUAUUUUAAAAAAUAAAAAAUUCCUCAGUGAAGUGAUUUUUAUUAUUCCACGGCCGUAAUAAAUAUUGUGACCGAUUUAGUAUUACUCGCAUGCGAGAAAUAAAAAAGUAUAUUUUGAUAUACGUAUAUGGUAUUUUAUUUAUAAUCUGUGUUAUAUGCACUUGUAAGCAUAAGUUUCCAUUGCUUAAAACCAAUGGCCGAAACACCCAAUUUAAACCGCCGAAAUCCAUAUGGACCCGACACUGGGUAUGGAUAUCCGUGACGUCGCCCGUGCCUUACUAAAAAACGAUAGGCAAUGCGAUCUUACUUUAAGAAUACGUAGCGAAAACUAAACUGUAGAUGCAGAUGUUCAGUUUGUUGCAUAAAUAAAUCUUUGAUGCAGCGGGAAAGAGGAUAAAUGAAAAAUAAUAUAAAACAUCGUAAGAUUUUAUUCCGAUCCUUAAUUAAAUACACAAUUGUAAUUAAUAUGUGACAGCGAUACGUGUAUUGCAUUUGUAAAUGUAAAAUUAAUAAAAUAUAACAUUCGUAACUAAUGGUUAGUUUUAAUGUUCCUCAAAUUAAAAUUGUGUAUCAAUAGAUCGAUAGAAAAUAUUCUCUGACGAAUCUUAGAACUGAAACAUCAGGAAUCAACUUUACAUUACUAAGCUACAGUUAGAUAUUACUGGAUAAAUAGAGAAUACUACUAGCGUUACGAUUAUGCUUCGUCGGUUAAAAAUAAUGAGGGCACAAACAUAAAUAAAUAUCUUCCGCUCCAAUCUUGACGCGUUUUCACUGGUUUUUAUACAUAUAAAUUAGUCUUAUCAAAAUCAAGUAGUGGGUUAAAUGUUACAUAAAAUGUUUACGACGACACAUUUUGAAUACAUGCAAGUUCGGUCUGCGCGCGCGACGGUCUACGUCCGCGUCACGUGACUAGGCACAACGAACAGCAGCGCGUCAACGCUAUCCAUAUCCAUUGUGAUCCACAGCAAUCCAUCCGUAUAAACAUGAAUUCUGCAGCAUUUAUUAGUAUUACCUAUGUAUAAGCUUACAAUGUACUUAUAAUACGAGUGUCAUAUUGGCAGUAAUCGUGUUUAUGGCAACGUGAAUUUGAAUUAAAAUAUAUUUUUGGUCCAAAUUUUUUUUUACAGUAUUCUACUAACGACUUUCACGUCCCGUUACUUUAUUAUACUU